AUGGAGCAGGAUAUUAGCGACAAACUUCUGAAAAUCAAAUUGUCGGAGAUGGAAGAGGAAAAUGUCGAAUUACUUGAUGGGGAUAUUGCGCGGGGUCUGCGAGAUUGCAAGCUAAGUCUAAUCGGGCAAAGUUUCGGAGAAAAGAAGAUUAAUUUCUUCGGAAUGAAGCAUACACUUUCAGGGAUAUGGGCCACGAAACAACCUUUCUCUGUUCGGAAUUUGGGAGACAAUAAAUUCCAAUUUGUUUUUCAGUCGGAGGAAGACAAAAACAGAGUUAUGGAGGGUAAGACGUGGUCAUUCGAUGGGCAAUAUCUUCUUUUGAAACAAUGGGAUCCCGAGGACCUGGAAUUCCACGAGGAGGAGAAGGUUAUCAAAAUAUGGGUGCAAGUAUGGAAUCUGCCACUCCAUUGGGUUUCUGAAGAUGCAGGAGCAAAAAUUGGGAAAAAGAUAGGACGAGUGCACAAUGUGGUGAUAACUGGAGAGGGAAGUGUUAAGGGUCACCUGAUAAAAAUUUUGGUUGAAAUGAAGCUGAAGGAUCCGAUCAUGAGAGGCACUAAUAUCAAAGUUAGAGACACCAAUCGGUGGGUGGAUUUCAGGUAUGAAGGUAUCCAAUCAUUUUGUUUUUACUGUGGAUUGAUUGGGCACUCUGAUAAGAGCUGCCAGUCAAAGAAAGAUGAUUUAUUGAGGAAUAAGUUUAAUGGGGGUCAAUUUGGAGAUUGGUUGAGAACUACCUCUAUUUUUAUCAGUGAGGGUAGAAGUUUUCAAUCCAAAUUCUCAGAUAAUCAAUCUAGUGAACCUAACAGUGAGGGAAUCCAGAAGUUAGUUUCAUCCCCAAGCUCUAGAGUGAGAGAGAAUGCUAUUGUGGAAAAAAGCAGAGAGAAUAGCAGUGUUGAAUUGAAAAAGCAUGGUGAGGUAAUUAGUGAGAUGGUAGAGGAGAAGGGUAAGGAGAUAGUGAUGGAGGGGGUGGAAUUACCUAGUAUUGAGGAGGGUGGGACUAUGGGCAUAAUAGAAAUUCCCCCAGAUGAUGAUCAACUAAUUGAGGUUAAUAUUCAAGCCUCAGCCAUUGGGAAAAAUGUUUUGAAUAGGAAAAAGAAAACUUUUGUUAGAAAAAGUAGGAUUGCAUCUUCUGAAAAUCAAGAUAAAAUGUAA